CCACAGAAGAAGAAGAAAGUGUAUUUAGACACCCGGAACCAUGCAGAGAAUAGUUUUUGCCGGACUGAAUUCUUCGUGACCCCUCUCAUUUAUGGGAUGGUUUUUGUCAACAUGUUGUCUAAACAUGGACGAUGGGAAACUCUGGAGGCUCUAAAAAACUCUCCGAAGGGGAAACUUUCCUUUGACCCGCACUGGUUAGACAGAGGCGAGGACAUUCUGGCAGGCUGUAAAGACACCCUGAGCUUGUCCCCACACUCUGGCUCCAUUUUGGAGCGCAUCAGCUCAUUCUCCCCACAGAAAUCUUUCCUGGUUUCCAAAGACUACGGCUCAGAACUGUCAGAGACGCCAUCCUCAUCAUCCUCCUCAGCAUCUGACAGCAAUGGCAAAAACUCCAGACGUUCAGCUGCUCCCCACAACCCUACUCUUGAUGCUGAGGUGAAGCAUGAAAGUCCAGGUCCAGAAUGCAGCCAGGAUCCUGGUCCUGUGUCACCACCUGCAAUCUCGCUGCUGUCCCCCAAAGCCAUGGAGACGGCAGGUCGCAUUCUCAGGUUUCAGGAGGAGCAGCGCGAAAAGGCCAAGAUCUUACUCAGACAGCGGCAGGAGGUGCAGGAAAGGCUGGUGGAGGAGGUGUCCAACGUAGAAUCUGAGCACCUGAAGCGCUUCGAGGAGCUAACGGAGCUGAAGCAGAGACAGGAGUUCCAGAGUAUGAGGGACAUGAUGGACAGAGAAACUAAAGAGAGCAUGGGCCGUCAAGAAAAGCUGAAGGAAGAGCAGCGCCACAGAAUCAGGAUCUUAAACCUUCGGCUGAGGGAGCUGGAGAUGCAGCGCCUUCGCGAGGCUGAGCUUGAGAAGCAGAGGCAGGCAGAGGGAAGGGAGAAAUUGCGAAACCUCAACACCAUCCAGGAGGAGAUCCUGCAGCUCAACCAGCUGCUGGAGCCGUCCACGCAGACCCUCGCGGACCUCCCCCCCAGCAGCCUCAGCUCCUACAGCAGCCGUGGGAACCAGCUCUGCUCCCAGGUGUCAGAGGUAGUGAGGAAGACGGCACAGGGAGAGUUUCCCAGUGCUGAAGACAUGACGGCAGCAGAGCGAGCUCUCCACGACAUGAGGGGCCUGAUCCGCCUGAUGCAGCAGGAGGUGGCCGAGGCUCAAGAAAGGAAGAAGCAGCAGCAGGAGCAGGAAAAGGAGCAGGGGAGGCAGCAGGAGCUUCAGGCCCAGCAGGAGGCACAGAAGAAAGCUCAGCAGUUGGCCAACGAAAAGGCCCAAAAAAAAGGGCUGCAGAACAGCGCGGACAGCGUCACGCUGGCAUGGUUUAAAGAACUGCAGGACUCAGCCGCUCGGUGCACUCAGGCCAUGGAGCCGCUGUGCUCCUCAAAGGACUCCCAGACGAACAAACUGAAGCUGGAGCUCCAGAAAGCCGCCACCAUCCCUGUCAGCCAAAUUUCCAGCAUCUCCGGCAGGCAGCUCAGAGAAAUCUUCAACAAGAUCAACGGCUUGCUGUCGGGUCGGUCGGUGGUGUCUGGGGGGAGGACCAUCUCCAGCUCUCAGCACCCGCUGGCCCUGAACUUCAUCAGCUACAAACUAGCGGAGAAGUUUGUGAAACAGGGUGAGGAGGAGGUUGCAUCUCAUCACGAAGCUGCCUUCCCCAUUGCUGUGGUGGCCUCUGGAAUCUGGGAGCUGCACCCCCAUGUGGGGGAUCUCAUCCUGGCUCACCUGCAUAAAAAGUGCCCCUACGCCGUCCCACAUUACCCCCCAAUGAAGGACGGCACUCCUGUGGAGGAAUACCAGAGGAUUCUCGGUUACCGUGUGGACGCCAACGGCGUGGAGGGUCAAGACAGCUUCCUGAAAAGAAUGUCCGGGAUGAUCCGGCUCUAUGCCGCCAUAAUCCAGCUCCGAUGGCCCUUCGGCUCAAAGCAGGGGUCUGUUCCUCACGGCCUGGACCACGGCUGGCGCUGGCUGGCCCAGAUGCUGAACAUGGAACCUCUGGUAGACGUCACUGCUACGCUGCUGUUUGACUUCCUGGAGGUUUGUGGCCACGCAUUGAUGACCCAGUACCAGAGUCAGUUCUGGAAAGUCCUCCUGCUGCUCAAAGACGAGUAUUUCCCCAGAAUUGAAGCCGUGACCAGCACUGGAGAGAGGGGGUCCAUGAUCCGACUCAAACAGUUUUUGGAGACGUCGCUGCAGAGGAGACACAUCAGUCCACCCAAAGGCCAACUGACUUCCAGCUUCUGGACGUCCUCUGAGUGAAGACGAGCGCUGCAGACCUGCUGGAUGAAGGCGUCUGGACGGAAGCAGCUGCUCUUGAACACAAGCUGGAGGUCUGCUUGGGCUUCUGGAUGAGCUCCUGGUUUUUAUUUUCCUCGUCUUUUUGGACGUUCAGACUAACGACUGGACUUUCAUGGUUGUAGGUGGUGUUCAACCCCAACAGAAAUGACUUUUUUUAACACGUUCCUAUGUUUGUUACAAACAGCUGCAACACCACCGUUUCAGCGGUCUAACCAGGAUGAUCCGGUGUAACUACCAUUACUGUGCAUCAGUGCGGAUGUCUGCAUGUGUCUGAGGUGCAGCAGGAACUUCGUUUUAUAAAUGUUUAAGGAAGUGCAGCGUCACUGCUUAUUUUUUCCAGAAUCUUCAGACAGACACCAAGUCUGUGCUGCACUAAAGUGGAGAAUCUCUGCACAUAGCUGCUUAGAAGGUGGAAAGAUGUUCAGAAAGCCAUUACAUUUCAGCAGGAACUACAAUAAUGUUGGGUCUAAUGGUCUCUGGGUCCAGAUCAGUCAGAAGAGCUGAAGUCAGGCUGUACACCUGAUAAACUGCUUUAUUUGCCUCACAAGAGUCAAAGUGGGCUUUGGCCGCCAAUCCAACCAUCAUUUUAAACUUGAUCCUCCAUUCAGUGAUGAAGUCACAUUGAACUGGCCUAGUAAAUGUUGGAACCCGUGUUCUUUAGAAGCUUCUGAAGCCGUUCGGACCAACAACCGACCACAAAUGUCAGGACAUCAGUCAGACCCGUCUGCUCCCUGCUGUGGUGUGUGCCUGAAUGGGAGACAGGACGUCCGUCUACAGGGACGUACCAGUUUAGAAGACGGGGUUCAAAUGAGGCUUGUGUGGAAAAAGAUGCUUUUUGCUGAUUUCAGUCUUUUCAUCUUACAAACAUGCAAACAAUGAUUGCUGGGGGAGGGGACAUUAAAGUGACCACACGUUU